CACCAAAUUGUGAUAACCCGCUUUCUUUUAUGAUGGUGUCUAUCUGAUAAUGCUUUAGCAAUAAGUUCAAUUAUGAACCUAUUUCUUUGUUAAUUGAAAGCAAUAAGCUUGAUGGCUAGAAAGGGAAACCAACAGAAGAAUGGGUUGGAUCGUUGCUGGUCAGAUGGUAAGAAAGGAAUUUCAGAAUCUGAACCUGCAGUGCAAAAUACUGAAGGAAGAAUCAAUGGUAAUAAGAUGGAUGCACCAGGGGAAGAACUUCCAAAUAGUAGCCAUUCAGUCACGCAUCAAACAAUGAGCAUGAAUGAUACAAGUCACAUGCAAGAUGAGAAGAAAAGUAUGAAAAAACCUAAGAAAUCUCAUAGAAGAGCAAACAAAAGCAUGGAUGCAGCACGCAGUGAAAAGCCAGCACCUGAAUUAGGCAAGACCGAUAUGCCUACAGUUGAAGUUUCUGAUGUGAGCGAAAAAAAUGAAACUGACCCAGAGAGUAAUUGCAGCUCUCCGAAUUUGAAUAGUUUUGCUGACUCACGGAAUGAGUUGCGCACAGAAGACAGAAUGGGUCAUGUAGAGUUUACGGAUACUGAGAUUUUUAAGUGGAUGAGGGCUUGUGCUCUUGCCAUAUCAAAGGCAUCUAUUGAAUGGGUGGAGAGGCACAAACCUAUGUUUGUAACUCUCAAAACUAACGUACUUAAGACACGUGACUAUGUUCGAAGGACGAUUGAGCAUGUGCAACCUAUGGUCUCCAGAUGGAUUAUGUAUUUUGGUAAUGCAGUGCUGCUUCUGUUGAUGCUUUGGUUGGACUGUGCUAUCAGAGGCACAGAAUCCUUGCUGCGCAUGGGGACGUCGUCAGUUUUCUCUGUCAUUUGGUUUGGUAUCCUCUCAACAGUUGCAAUGGUCGGAAUGACGAAGUUUCUGAUAAUAUUGGCAAUCACUGCUGUAAUUGGACUGUUCACUGGGUUCACACUUGCAAGUGUGUUUGUUUUCUUUUCUGGAGCGACUUUCUUGUGGUUAUAUGGUAGCUUUUGGACGAGUGGAUUAGUUAUUACUUUCUCAGCAGGAUUGGGUUUCAUACUGAGCCAUGAUCGCAUUGCACUGUUUAUUACAACUGUGUAUUCAAUGUAUUGUACGUGGACAUAUGUUGGAUGGCUCGGUGUGCUUAGUGGCCUGAAUUUAUCAUUUAUUUCAAGUGAUGUUCUUCUAUACGUACUGAGGAAUACUUUAGAACAAAGAAGGCCCGACAUCCAUGCAGACCAAGCAGCUGGAAUGCAAGGUCAACCAUCCUUUUUUCCCCAUGAGUCGACGCAUGCUACAUCCAGUGGAAUUGGUGCUGAUGUACCAGAUGACCAUAAUCCUGGAGUUCCUUCAACUAGUGGAUUUGAUUCUGAAUUGACAUCUGAAGAUGAAGUUGUUAGGUUGUUGAACUGUAAAGAUCAUUAUUCUGCAUUGGGCUUGUCCCGGUUUCAGAAUGUAGAUGCCUCUAUAAUCAAGAGGGAAUACAGGAAAAAGGCAAUGCUUGUCCAUCCAGAUAAAAAUAUGGGAAAUGAAAAGGCUGCAGAAGCCUUCAAGAAACUUCAAAACGCUUAUGAGGUUUUGCUGGAUUCCGUCAAGCGAAAAGAAUAUGAUGAUGAAUUGAAGAGGGAAGAGCUGCUGAAUUUUUUCCGGAAUAUCCAAAAUGGUUCUCAAGAGAAUAAGGGGCGUGGCUUUGCUACCUCUAGUUUUGCUCGCACAGAAGUAGAUGGAGAGGACCCACUUGGGGAGUCGAGAAGAAUUGCAUGCAGGAAGUGCGGUUACUUUCAUGUCUGGGUUCACACCAAUAAACCAAAAUCUAGAGCGAGAUGGUGCCAGGACUGCAAAGAUUUUCAUCAAGCUAAAGACGGGGACGGAUGGGUCGAACAGUCCUCACAGCCUCUCUUAUUUGGUAUACUGCAGAAGGUAGAACCUCCUGCUGUAUAUGUCUGUGCUGAUGGCAAGAUUUACGAUGCAACUGAAUGGUAUAUUUGUCAGGGAAUGAGAUGCCCAGUAAACACUCACAAGCCUAGUUUUCAUGUAAACACUAGCGUUAUGUCAAAGAAUAGCAAUGGGAAGGGAUCAAGUCCGGGACAAAGCAGAGGUGGGAUUCCGACACAUACCAUGGAAGAGGCGAUGACAGAGGAGGAAUUUUUCGAGUGGUUACAAAAUGCUAUGCAAUCUGGCAAGUUUGAAAAUUUUGCUACCAGUGGCAGUACAUCUGAGAGUCCACCUACCCGAAAUCCCCCCAAAACCGGGGCCAGCAAUAGUAGCAGUGCAAGCAGCAAGAGAAAGAAAAAGGGGAAGAAGCAAUGGUGAUCACAUGGUGGUAUGUUUAUGGACCAAAGGGUACACACUACAAGUAUUUAACUAUUACUAAUUGUAUUAACCACCACUUUAUUGUAAUAGUUUGUAAAGCACUUUGCCCAAAUUCUGCUGGUCAUUGAAUUUUGCUCAAGGGUUUUGGUGGAAGUUGGUCAUGAAAUCAAUUACAUAUGGCAUGGCCGGGGGUGUACAAUGGACCAGGUGGGCCAGGACCUCGGUCUGAAUAACGAGCAAACACUCGAAUGAGACAUUUAAAUUCUGGUGAUGCUACUGGUCGGAAUGAACAGAAUCUGAUCAAUAUUUUCUUGAGGAUCUUGUACUUCAAUAUAUAUCUCUGAUUAUGAUACUCGAAUUUUUGAAAGUUGUUUUUGACAAUCA